AUGGCGCCCGUCAGGAAAUUAUCAGAGACUCUGGUGACCCCAGUACGACGACGAGAGAACAAGCCCACGGCAGGAAUAUCGAACAAUUCCCGCUGGAGAGUAGGAAAAAAUACCCGCAGGGCUCCCGGCCCCAAAAAGGAUCCGAAUACUGGCCGUUUCGUGUCCCACAGCAAUGCUAGAGACAAACAGCCCCAUAGCCUGCAGAACAAGCUUAUCAAAAUGCAAUUGCAAGAGCAAGAGCAGGAGAAAGAGAAACAAGCUAUGAGUGAAGAACUGGCACGUCUCCAGCUCGGGAAACAGAAACUCCAGAGGAUAAACGAAGGGUUGAAGAAGAAACUGGAAGAGAGCCAUAAGAAGCUAGAGACUGUUGAGUCACAGCUCAGUAUGGAAAACGAGGGGCUCAAGGAUACCGUACGACAACAGCAUGAGGAUCUCAAAGACUACGUAGAUCGCUUCGGCAAAUGGACUCAGGACGAAAACAACGUCAAGAAACUUUGCAAGAAUCAGCACGUGUUUCCAUACACGAAGGUGAAGGUCCUGAUGGCAAUCUGGAAGUCAAAUGAUCGGGAGGCCUUCACGAAAGGAAUGGUUGAGGGCUUGGGCAGGGUAUUCAAAGAUAACUACAACUAUGAGGUCAACUACUUCAAGAUUCCUGAUCAGGAUUCGAGUACUGCUCUGUCAAAAUGGGUCUCAGAUUUCAUUGAUGGCUCGCCAGAAACACUGCUCAUCUUCUAUUAUACCGGUCAUGGGGGCAUAUAUUCAAAGGGUGGUGAUACUUAUAGUUCCUGGUCAGGAACAACUACAAGUCCAACCAUUGCAGCGAGCCCUAUUCAACGCCUCUUCGAGGAAACUGAGUCGGAUGCGCUGCUGCUAUACGAGUCUUGUCAUUCCGGGACUGGACGCACAAGUGCAUCAGCAACAGUUCGUGGAGUCACUGAGGUAAUAGGCUCUUGUGGAUUCGAAGGCUAUUCCUACGACAGCAAGAAUAACUUUACGCAUGCGCUCAUUGAAUAUCUCAAGACUGCGUCAAAAAACGCUGUCCCUCUCUCCGUUUCAGAAAUCCACCAUGCCGUUUUGUCGAAACUAAAAUCUAGAUCAAGGCCGCAAACUAAACAUAUCACAACCCCUGUUCAUUGCAAAUUGAGUUACGAAACUAAGGGGGACAUUAUCAUUCACCCGUUGGAUCUUACGAGUUACCCAAAACGAAAUGCCCAGGAAGUUGCCUUCGACACGGAAGGUGGUUUUGAUCACCCUGAAUGGCAUAAAUUGGUGUCGGAGGCGCCGGUGGAAGCGAGUGAAGUAUUCUUCUCACAACCUAGUUUGGCUAGGGACGAUGCAUCCAUGUUCGAGGAGGAUGAGUGCUACCAGUCUCUCGUAGACUCUAUGGUUGGGGAUCCUGAAGCUAUGGAUGUGGAUGCUGAGAAAAUACUUGAGGUGGGGAUGAUGAGCCAAGCCACGGACAACUCAACGCCUACAAUGGCUACUAAGCGGAAGGCCGAGCAAGACCCGGAUAGUGACAUGCGUUAUCACCUUCGUCGUAGGCUUUGA